AUAGAUUUUGCCCACCAGGGUUAAAGAUAAGUAUCUUUUUGGCCAAAGAACCUUCCAAAAGUGCAAGAUUGGAAAUUGCAAGAGCGCUUUUCUCGUCGCCGUCGACAACUCGGAUCCGUCGAAGGACAUGUUCUUGCUUGGUUAGUUCCUUCCCUUGGUUGAGCUGACCCUUUCCCCUCUUGUUCCUCGAUCGUCUUGGUUCAUCUUAGUCUCCAAGUUCACUACAGGAGUUUAAUCUAUCAGCUGACCAUGGGACGCCAUUGUUCGCACUGUGGUGACUGGCUGGGCCGGCACGAUUUCAGCUACAACCAAUGGCGCAAGGGCGAUGGGUAUUCUCGUUGCAAUGACUGUGUCCAUGGCACAAUCUCCUAUCAAUGUCACACUUGCUCCCGCGUCUUUUGCACGCAGAAUGAGCUAGACAUGCACAUGCAGGUCCAUCGCCCGCGGGAUGUGGCGUGUCCCAUUUGCGGCGAACGACGUUUCCGAUCGGGUGCCAACGCGGUGCAGCAUGUGGAAAGUGGCUACUGCAGUGGCUGCCAGGGAGCCACCAAUGCUCGCAAUCAAAUUUAUGGAUACGCCCAGUCUCAGCGUGCCAUGCGGCCGUAUCUGGCAGACACGCCCAUGCUCACCAAUGGAGGCUAUGGGGAUGGUAUCACAACUCCGGAUUACCCCUAUCAGUGUGGACCCUGCAAUAAGUUCUUUCGACAAUUGAGUCAGCUUCUGCAGCACAAUGAUUCCAAACAUGGACAUCAACGCAUGUUGGGAUAUUAGCUAGCUAGCUAGAAUGCUACCUGGCUUGGCUUGCUAAUAGAGGCUCAUGCAAUCUACACUAUACUACAUGAACCACAAUCUACAAUCUUGGCUAGCUAGCAGGAGGCAGGAGGACAAAUAAGCGAUGGAUGAAGAAGAUUUGCCAUUACAAUCAGCACAAAAGGAGCAAAAGACAAAUCCCAAUAGACACAAUAAUUAGAAGGCAGAAACAAAUAAUAAACAGAGCUUUGAUUC